UAACACUUUCACGUUGUUCAUUUCCGUGUUCCGACCACAAUUUUUCAACAACGGCUUUCAUUUGAACAUUUGUUCUGUUCUUCCAAGCUUUCCCCUCUUCACUCUGCACUUCAAGCACUUCUUCUUCGUCUACAGCAAGACGCUGUUCAAGCCUCCGUUGAUUCCACGGACUGCCCAUCAUGGUCAUCGUCAUUAACAUUCCCCUGCCUAAUGGCGGCACCCUCCGAAUCAACCUCCAGGAAUGGGUCGCUAUCCUCAUCAUCAUUCUGAUCUUCAGAGCCUACGGAUGGCCUAUGGUCGUCCGCCGCUGGCCCCUGGCGUUCGCUUGGCCUCGUCACGAAGACGUUUGGGACUUCUAAGCACCACUACCCAAGUCGGGAUCUCGAGUACGAUCUCUACG